GUCUACCAUCAACCCCUCCUACAGAGAUCAGCUUGGACCGCCGAACUCUCGAGGCAUACACCCCGCGUAGCACCCCGCAGUCGACGAUACACUAUGGUCAAUCGACUUCCACCCGAAAUACUCUCGGAAAUCUUUCUGUUCGCCCUGCCCCUUUUUUGGGGCAGCAUACGACCUUUCGGAUUGAAACUCAUUGUUAGCCACGUAUGCCGGCACUGGCGCACUAUAUGUCUGCAUACGCCGCAGAUGUGGCAGCAGAUCGUACUCAAUCAGGAUGAAGAGGAGGAUUGGCGAGAGGACGACGUCGAGGCGUUGUCCGAAUAUUUGCGACGGUCGGCAGCAGCGACGUUAUCGAUCGAUAUAGGCGCCUACCCCCCUCGCACGUCCGCUAUCUGGGCGCUACUUCUCGCGGAGACGUGGCGCUGGCAUACGGCGCGCAUCGUGCUGCAUGACGCAGUCGAGCAGAUGGUCCCGCUUGCCCAACCACUCGACGUGCCGGAACUUGAGCGUGUAGCGCUGACUCGAAGGUCCUCAAUCACGCAGUCCUUUGUGCGCCCUGUUGACCUGACGGACAAUCCCUUGCGCUGGUUCCAAAACGCGCCCAAGCUUCGCCGCCUUUCCCUCGCCUGGCCCUUCUUCCCUUCGGCCGUGCACGUCGCAUGGGGGCGCAUCACGCAUCUGAAACUCGACUCGGAAGGAUCAGGUCCUACCCUUGCCAUUACCAUGCGGCAGUGCGUUGAUGCUUUGACACACUGCAUCGCGCUCGAGUAUCUGGAGCUCUCCGCUAUUCAUUUCCGCUGGGGCGAGUCGCUGCCCAUUGUGGAGGUGUCCACACUACAGACGCUCUUGCUCGUCAGUGAUGCCAUCGCCUUAUGUCGCUACCUCUCUGCGCCCCAACUUACGCGACUUUCGCUCUGUCCCAAUACACAUCCCAACGAGGACCAUUGCGAGGCAGUCAUCAUCAUGGCUCGCCGCCAGUCACUUCGGAACCUCCGGUAUCUAUUCCUGUGUCACUCCCUCUUCCAGUGGCUUCAUCUCGAUCCGCUGUUCGAGCAGCUUCCCGAGCUCAUAUAUCUCCACUUUACCCACUCAAUUUCGUGGUCGUCCGGGGGAACGACUCCUAGAGUGUGUUGCAUCGGAAGGCUGCAUGCCCUCCGAACGCUAUCUCUCCUCACCACUGAGGCAGCGUGGCAUCGUGGACGUCAGCCUCCGAGACUACCUGAACUGCUGGAGGGGGAGAUCGGACAACUAUCUAACCUCGAAGAGCUUCACCUUUGGAACAGGCCAGAGCCAGGUGAAAGUCCAGACCUUGAUGAGUGGACAGACAGGCAGAGCAAGCGAGGCGUGAAUGUGAAAAGAAAAAGAGGGCAUCCUCCGUUUCCUGACGAGAUGGACACUUUAUAGCCAAAGAAUGAUUAUGUAGAAUAUAAUUUUCAGUUUACUCAUUUGUAUCAUACAUAUCAAGACGGACACGAUCUUGAACUGAACGGUCC